GCUGUAGUAUUGCUUCCAGUACAGCAAGUGGCAGCAUUGUGCUAGUGAGGCUAAUGUCACAUGCCCGAUUGAGAAGCUUCCAACAACAUCAACAAAGCAAUUUGCAGUAAAGCUGAGCAGCAAUGGACACACGAGCCUUUAUAAACCCAUAUCCUGACUAUGAUGGGAGUCCUGCAGCCACACAAGCGCUAUUUGACUCUGGGGGAAAGCUCACAUCCGAGUUUGCCCAGAGACUGAGCAACAAGGUCAGUCAGCUUUUAGCCGUCAUGGAAGAUGGGCUGAAUUCUGCAGAUCCCAGAAAUUGCACAAGUUACACUGGCUGGGCAGGCAUAGCUCUGCUCUACCUGCACCUCCACAAUGUCUUCAGGGAGGACACUUUCCUCCACAGAGCUCUGGACUAUGUCAGCCGCAGCCUUAAGUGUCUGACCCGACGCCAUGAUGUCACCUUCCUCUGUGGAGAUGCUGGGCCACUGGCCGUGGCUGCUGUUGUCUACUAUCGCCUGCAGAGGGGGCAGGAGACCGAUGAGUGCAUCAACAGACUGCUGCAGGAUCACCAGAGGGUGGUGGAGGGAUCAGGUGGGUUGCCAGAUGAGCUGCUGUACGGGCGAAUGGGCUACCUCUACUCCCUCGUCUUCAUCAACCAGCAGCUGGGACAUGACCGGAUCCCACUGCAGUACAUCCAACAGGUCAGCGAGGCCGUGCUGGUGUCGGGGGACCACCUCAGCAGGAAGUUCAGGAUCCAGAACCAGAGCCCUCUAAUGUACGAGUGGUACCAGGAGCAGUAUGUUGGCGCCGCCCACGGACUGGCUGGCAUCUACUACUACCUGAUGCAGCCAGGCUUUGUUGCGCUGGAGGAGCACGUGCACCGGCUGGUGAAGCCCAGCGUCAACCACGUCUGCCGACUCAAGUUCCCCACGGGAAACUACCCUCCCUGCAUCGGCGACGACCGAGACCUGCUGGUGCACUGGUGCCAUGGCUCCCCGGGUGUCAUCUACAUGCUCCUGCAGGCGUACAAGGUGUUUGGCAUCGCUCAGUACCUUGAGUUUGCCUUACAGUGUGGAGAAGUGGUGUGGCGGUGGGGUCUGCUGAAGAAGGGCUACGGGCUGUGUCACGGCGCUGCCGGGAACGCCUAUGCCUUCCUGGCUCUCUACCGGCAUACACAGGACCCCAAGCACCUCUACAGAGCCUGUAUGUUUGCAGACUGGUGUAUGAACUAUGGCAAACAUGGAUGCCGAACACCUGACACUCCCUUCUCACUUUUUGAAGGCAUGGCAGGCACCAUCUACUUCCUGGCUGACCUUCUGCAGCCAAUGAAGGCAAGGUUCCCAGCCUUUGAGGUGUAAAAGCGUCUCCACAGCACUCACCCAGCUUACGAUACGAUAACAGGAAGUUCCACACGUGUGCAUCCAGCAUGGUAAAUUAAAAUUCAUGGAUUUGAUAAGUUACACUAAAGCUCAGCAUGACUCCUGCUUUAGAUAUUGUGUCAUGUGUCUGCUGCUCUUCACCACUGUGGGAGCUUGAUGUGCCAUUAACAGGAGAAACAAAAUGAUUCCAUCUCAGCCUGUAAUUAAGAUAUUGUAAAUGUGAGACCUUCUUUUGCUGGUUUGGGGUUUCGCUUGUGUUUAACUUCAACGCCAGUUUCAGUAACUAUUGCUUUGACUCGAUAUUACGGCUUCUUUAGGGGCUUCAGAGAGAAGAAAGAAAAGUUGUUUUCAAAUAAAGGGAUAGGUGUAGGUGUAAGGAUAGUGAUUUUAGGUGGGGUUGUAUAAGGCACUUAUUCCCAGAAAUGGGUCAGAACCCACUGAUGGUUCGAAAGGUCAUCUGAGCGGGGACGCCCAAUAAAUAAGCUACAUUUUUUUCCCCAGUGUUUUACUAAAGAUUUAUUAAAUAUAUAAACAGAAUAAUAAUAAUAAGGGAGAGUGUGGAGCGAAGGUUUCACCGGUUUGCAUUUAAAAUUAUGCUUAAGCAUGUUUUUACAGUGAGCACAAUAAUAUUGUGACUCACAAUGGUUUUGAUCAGGAUAAUCAUGAUUAGAAAUGUUCACACUAUGUGCACAGUAACAAUAUUAUUGAUGUUUCCUUAAAACGUGUGCCUCUUACAACCUCGUUCUUUUUGCUGUCCCCGUUCACAUCAAAACAAUGUAUAAAUUGUGUUCCAGUCCUUCCAUCUCCCUUGCUGUAUGUAAAAAAACAAAAAACAAAAAAAAAACUAAGUUUAAGCUCCUCGUACACCCGUGCGUUAAAAAAAUCCCCUGCACUAUCCCUUUAAUUAAUAACUCUGGAGUGAGUAAAUGCUUUUUUAAUGCUUACAAAAACCAGAAUGUUUCUAUUAUUCUGUAAAUGUGUUAUGUUAAAAUGUGAAUUAAUGCUUUGGGUUGUUGUUCUGAAACCUCAGCAUUUAAGUUGGUUAAAGUGCACUAAGGUAUGUAAGCUGUCACGCUGUUGCAGCAAUAAACAAACGUGUUUGUUGUGAAA